UGGUCGUGCCUUGCCUUUAUUAUUUUUCAAAUAUUUCUUUUUCUUUCAACAAAGAACGUCUUGUCAACCACCCAAUGCCACGCAGUCGCUUGCCGGUUCCGGCUUACGCUUAACUUCCCCUUUUUUCUCACCCUUCACCCUUCGUUAGAUCAACUCAAAAUAACUCUUUAUUCUUUCUUCUUUAUUUUUUUUUGUUCCGUUCUGGGCUGCCUUUUUUCCCCUAUCUUUUCUUUGCUAUGCGCCAGGCGUUGGUGCAAUUUCAUUUCAAGCUGAAUUUGUUGUCAAAAAUAUAAUGGAAGAAUAUAAUCAGCUAAACGAGAAUAGUACACCCAGGGGAAAUUUCUUGUACGCAACUCCAGUUCUUGCAUCGAAUUCUUCUCCGUAUGGGAGAGGGAGUAGCGGCUCCAACGUGAGUAAUCAGCAGGUCGAGAUGCCAUUGAUUUCUUUUCAGUUUCAGUCGAGCGAGUGUUACCAAUCGGAGGUGCAUCCGAUCGUGAAGACCGAAGCUAGCACUUCACAGCAUGGCCAAAAGUUUCACUACCCUUUAUUGAGAGAGCAUCAAGCAGCAGUGCAUCACCAACAAGAUAGGAAUGAAAGCUUCAGCGAAGCGGAAGCUAUCAAAGCCAAGAUCAUUGCUCAUCCUCAGUGCUCUAACCUCUUGGAAGCUUACAUGGAUUGCCAAAAGGUGGGAGCUCCACCUGAUGUAGUGGCCCGACUAGCUGCUGUUCGACAAGAGUUUGAAGCAAGGCAGCGAUCUUCAGUGACAUCGAGAGACACCUCAAAAGACCCAGAGCUUGAUCAAUUUAUGGAAGCUUACUACGACAUGUUGGUGAAAUAUCGGGAGGAACUAACGAGGCCAAUACAAGAAGCUUUGGAUUUCAUGCGGAGGAUCGAAGCUCAACUCAACAUGCUCACCAACGCUCCUGUGCGGAUCUUCAACUCUGAUGAGAAGUGUGAGGGUGUUGCUUCAUCCGAGGAGGAUCAAGAAAAUAGCGGCGGAGAGACUGAACUUCCUGAAUUUGAUCCGCGUGUUGAAGACCGAGAACUGAAGAACCACCUAUUGAGAAAAUAUAGUGGUUAUUUAAGUAGUCUCAAGCAAGAACUCUCCAAGAAAAAGAAGAAAGGGAAACUACCGAAAGAAGCUAGACAAAAAUUGCUAAGUUGGUGGGAGUUACACUACAAAUGGCCGUACCCGUCGGAAUCGGAGAAGGUGGCAUUGGCUGAAUCAACUGGUUUGGACCAGAAACAAAUCAAUAAUUGGUUCAUAAAUCAAAGGAAGCGUCAUUGGAAACCUUCGGAAGACAUGCAAUUCAUGGUGAUGGAUGGUCUGCACCCACAAAAUGCAGCUCUAUAUAUGGAUGGUCACUACAUGGGUGAUGGUCCUUACCGUUUGGGCCCAUGAUAUAAUAUGCAACAGCGCAUUAUAAAUUACCUGCCUCAGCAGGAAUAUAUAUAUAUACUAAGUGUUUGUUUCCAUUACAUUUCAGCCAUAGAAUAUGUUAGUCUUCCAUUGUUUUUUUUCUUUUUUGGUUCAUCCCUUAGGAUUCAGCUUUCUCCUACAACAUAAUCUAGCAUCUUUGAAAAAAGCACCCUUAUAGUUUCCUGCCUGCCUAUUCCUUAGGAUGAUUGUCGAGGAUGUGGAUCCCUGUUGUCGGGUCCAGGAUGCCUGCCUGUGUUUCUCAUGUUCAAAGGCACGGUGUUGCGCCUUGUUACUUCAUUGCUGUCUGAAUGUGAAGAGUAAUUAAAGGAGCUAGUGCUGCCCGAGAGAUUGUAAUGUUAAAGUUGAAACGUUUUUUUGUGGGGGGCAGCACUACAUGUUUUUAAGUGUAUAUAGUGAGAAAUUAUGCUGGGAAAGUUUGGGUUAGUUAAUGUAAGUAGUUGUAAUACUUUGUGAUCUUCCUUUGAUAUCUGCAACUUGCGGACAAGGAAAGGUGUUCCAAACAUUGACAGGAUGCCAUAUUAAUCAGCUGUGUUAAGCUUUUAUGUUCCUUGUCGCUUGUAUUUUAUAACAGAUCAAAUAAAUAUCUUCCAUAUUAGUUAGUGGUUGUCCAAUUUGGGUAAUUUUGGACUUCUGUUCUAACUGUAUGUAUAAAUGUGAUUGAGUUGAACAAGUA